AUGAACAUAGCGGUCGCGGGGGCGGGCGUCGUGGGCGUCACGACGGCCGUCGAGCUGAAAAAACGCUUCAGAAACGCCAACAUAACCCUAAUCAGCGAUGCCUUCGAAGAGGACACCACCAGCUCAGUGGCGGCGGGAAUAUUCCGACCCGGUGGAGACUUCACUGGCCCCAACCGAGAUGUUACCAGGAAGUGGAUAGAAGACUCCUGGUGGUACUGGAAGGAGCUGCAAGAGAGCCGAAACGGAGCUGAAUGCGGAGUAACAGAAUUAUCCGGGUACAUGUUUUCGAAUCGAUCAGAAAAAGUAGUGAGAAACGCCCAUUUGGAGAAAUUAGUACCGAUGUACAGAUCAGCUACCGAAGAGGAACUGAGCAAUCUAACACCUCAGAAAUGGAAGUUCGGCUCAUUUUACACCACUCUACUAAUAGACAACACCAUUUACCUACCGUGGGCGAUGAAAAACUUCCGACAAUUAGGCGGCGAAAUACUCCACGAGCACAUCACGAAUCUCCAACGACUCGGAAGCAAUUACGAUGUAAUCGUCAAUUGCACCGGCCUGGGAGCUCAAACGCUCUGCAACGACGACGCUCUCGUGCCCGUUAGAGGUCAAGUGAUCAAGGUCGACGCGCCUUGGAUAAAAACCUUCUUCUACGCCGACACCGAAACCUACAUCAUACCGGGCUUCAAGUCGGUGACUCUAGGCGGUUGCAGGGAACUGGGCUCCUACAACCUAGACGUCGAUAAAUACACCGCUCUAGGCAUACGCGAGCGUUGCGAGAACCUCGUGCCUAGCCUCAAACCGGCCUCAACCAUCAAAACUUUAGUGGGAUUGAGGCCUUAUAGGAAACCGGUGAGAGUCGAAUGCGAAAUCACCAGGAGUCUCAACGGGAAACCCGUGAAGCUGGUGCACAAUUACGGACACGGCGGUUACGGAGUCACUGCAGCUCCCGGAACGGCUUUGCACAGUGUCCAGUUGGUUCGCGAGGUUUUGAGUGGAAACAGCAAAUUGUAA